AUGUUGAUGUUGUUUUUGUUUGCAGAUAUUCAACAACAACAAGAAGAAGAAGCAACAGUCGAAGAUAGAAAGAAAUCAACAACAAACACAACACCAUCAUUAUCGACAUCAACAUCAACAUCUAAUCUACAACCAGUUUCAUCGUCAUCAACCAUUGUUGAUGCACAAUCAAGUAAUAAUAAUGUAGAAAAGGAAAAAGAGAUACAAUUGAAACUACAACAACAAUUACAAUCGGAACAAUGA